AUGAAGGCGCUCAACAACAGCAACCAACUGCGUGGUGUUGAAGCCCUCACUCGAGCUUCCAGAAACGCUGAGAAGGCUCUGAACACAGCCGCCGAAGUUGCGGGAAAGAAACACUCGAGCCAACUCACAACUGCACAGCCAAAUAAUCGCAUUGGACUGCUUCCCAACUCCGAAACGUCCGUAGGAAUUACGACUAGACAUGCCGAUGGACUAGAAAUCGAUUAUCUCGCACAUUCUCAUGGAACCUCGGCAAGCAAUCCUAAGUCAGAUCAGGAUCCAGAGACGAGCCCCAGGGGAUUCGGUGAGGUCAAUAACCGCACUCAAGGCAAAGAAUUCUACGGCCCUGCAGCGACCCUGGCAUUCCUACUAGAGUUACGACGGUGCGCGCGAACCUAUCAACAGCAGCAGAGGCCGCACUCCAGCGAGGUAAUGCUCUCCAUGAAUGAAACGACAGCUGAUCCUGCCUCGUCCAUUGUAAAUUUUCUCCAUGGGGAUGACGAAAUAUUGGCUGGUGACAUCGACCCUAUCCGAGAAGACAACCUACACGCAAUUGGCACGGGUACCAGCAAUAGCACGGUAUCAACUCCGGUGGUAGUCGAUCUUCCAUCGAACCACGAGGUCGAGAAAGAAUGCAUCAGGUUGUAUUUCGCCAAUUUGCAUUUGAUCUACUUUUUCCUUGACCGAGCAUCCUUCGAAAAGCGCUGCCAGACAGAAAUGUGGGCACCCGCGGCUGCUACUUUCAGCUCGGGGGACUUCAAAUCGCGCCGCCGACGACGAUCCAGAUUCCCUGCUUUGUACAACGCCGUGGUGGCAGUUGGCGCCCUGACUGCAGAAGAUGAUACCUUGGUGAAUCAGUGCCAAGGAGAAGUGCAGGCAUUUUUGAAAAAUUCUGUUCAUCAAGACUCUCAAUCCUUGGGAUAUCAACCACUUGCACUCGCUUCGAUCUAUUUCGCGAAAGCUAAGGUGCUCCUUGGAGACAUGUUCGAGUCAUGCUGCUUGGAGGGCCAGCAAACAUUGUUUCUGAUGUCUAUAUUCUGCCAAUACGCACUCCGGCCUCACGGCUGCUACAUGUACAGUGGAAUGUCUGCGAGAACAGCGUUAGCCAUCGGCAGCGCCAACGAACCAGACUUGAGGAAGAACCCUUUAGAAGCUGUUCGGACGUGGUGGUGCAUGUAUUAUCACGAAGUUGAGGUGUGCUGCUCAUUAGGGAGAGAGACGUUUCUGAGAGAACCGUCUUAUUACCCCGUUUUCAUGGCCAAAUUCGGUGAAAGAAUGCCACGAGAUUUCGGGCGGGAUGACGACUAUGUCCUAUUCUUCGCAAGGUCCAUGACUGAGCUCGCACAGAUCCUAAAGCGCACUUCAGAAGACAUCUACCAUGAUCCGACAUCCAAGCCAAUUGACCAGAAAUCUCAGAGUGCGCUGGCGCUGGAUCAAAUGCUGCUCGUGUGGAAACGGCAACUAGCGCCCAUAUUUGAUUUAGAGAGUACUUCGUUGACCGAAAAAGAGCCCAUCACCAAGAGGAAGGUGGUUUUGAAACUCCGCUUCUACAGCGCCAGGAUCUUGAUCCACCGCACAUUCCUGAUCACUGCAGCGUAUUCCAAGACCUCUAGCGCUCUCUCUACAAACGUCGACAUCUGCCUCGCAGCUGCCCGAGAGACCAUCCACUUACUGUACGACACGUUCAUGAACCGACCCUUUUUCCGAACGUGGUGGUAUAACACCACGUAUGCGUUCAAUGCCAUUACCAUCAUCCUUUACGUACUGGUCUCACCUUUGCAACCAGAAAAUAGCGAAGACCUGCUGAGUGACGUCGAGAAAACAUUGAACAUCUUCCGCGCCAUGUCUGGAGUGGCUGUCGCCCGUCGCUGCGCAGAGCUUACCGAGGAGAUUUUCGAAAUUGCAAAGAUGUCGAUCCAGGGUCAGAGGCACGGUCGACAGCAGCGUCAACACAAUACCGUAGCAGGCGCCAGUCGUAGGGGAGAAUUGGAACUGCUUGACGGAUUCGGUGCUGCGCUCCAUCCUUCGGAGGCCCAGGUGCUAAAGGAUGGGAACGUCAGCGUUGCGGAGACCGCCAUGAACAACAAUGAGCAGCCAAGCUUUGACGUGAUGAACGACGCCUUUUUCACCAACAUCAUGGAUGUGAAUUUCCUGGACAACUUUGAUGCCAAUCUCUCGGCCAUGAACUUCAAUGGAUCGCCAUUUGAAACGAUGGAUCUGGAUUGGAAUCCGGGACUGAAAUGA